AUGCUCAUAUACAUCGCUUACCGGAAGGCGGACAAGUUUUCGAUUAAAGUCGCCGAAAAUGAGAAGGUCGGUCAGCUGAAGGAGAAAAUCAGCGAGAUAGGACACAUUCCAAAGGUGGAACAACUGCUGACCUUCGAUGGCUACUUCCUAGAGGACACCUAC